AUGGCUUUAAAAGACAACAAUCUGCCUGUUUUAUAUGGCGAAUUAAACAAACUAGGACACAGUGGUGACUAUGAAAGAGCGCUAAAAGUUGCUCAUAAAAUUCUAGCAUUUAUUCAAGAUGAUGAAGCUGCUCUGCAUUGUAAAAUAAUUUGUCUCAUUCAAUUAUCGAAAUUUAAUGAUGCGCUUCAACUUAUAUCUAGAUAUGGAAAACAAACCAGUAACUGGGAAUUUGAAAAGUCCUACUGCUUAUACCGACUGAACCAAGUCCCCGAAGCAUUAGCAGUAGUCGAAAAAGUAUCUAACCCAUCACUAAAACUGAAAGAAUUAAAAGCGCAAAUUCUCUACCGUUUAGAAAAAUACGAGGAAUGUUUUGCAGUUUACCGUGACAUUAUUAAAAACUCAGACGAUGAGUAUGAAGACGAGCGCGAGACAAACUUAGCCGCUGUCAUCGUAAACUUGACAUCCGAGCGAUCUAAACUCGACGUCCCACAGUUAAAAGAGCACACCUAUGAGCUGACCUACAACGCAGCAUGUCGAUUAAUCGAGCAAGGAAGCUUCGGUGACCGGGUAGUUUUAGCAGAAGCGGAGAAGAAGCUAAGAGCUGCCGAGAAAAUGUGCAAAGAAGCCCUCGAAGAAGACGCUACCGAAAGCGAGAUCGACAAUGAGGUAGGAAUCAUCCGAGUCCAACUCGGUUACUGCCUACAGCUCCAAGGCCGCGAAAAAGAGGCUCAAGCUCUCUAUAUGAAUGCGCUUAAAAUGAAACCGGAUGACAUCGCACUCGCUGCUGUUGCUAGUAACAAUCUUGUCACCUUGAACAAAGAUCAUAAUGUCUUCAGCAGCAAGAAGCGCAUGAAAAGCGCCACCCUGGAGGGUCUCGAACACAAGCUUACUUCCCGGCAGCGUAAAAGUAUCGCUUACAAUCAGUGUUUGCUUGCAUUGUAUACAAACCAGGGCGAGCAGUGUCAGAAGCUUUGCGGGAAGCUGGUCAAGGAUUAUCCAGACAUGCAGAAGGACGCGAGUUUCGUCCAGGCUGUGCAGCUCGGCAAGGAAGCCAAGGUCCAGGAAGCGGUCGACUUACUGCUGAACAAUUUGAAUCCUAAUAAUGAUUUAUGUAUGAGGCUAGCAUGUGUUCAGCUUUUGCUCCAGCAAGGCGAGCGCAAAAAGGCGAUUGAAAUUUUAGAAAAUUUGAAUGAACGCGAUCGUUCAUUAUCGGGAGUAGUCAGUGCUCUGGUUACUUUGCACAUGGCGGAAAAUAACCGGGAACGCGCUUCUGCAGUUCUCAAGGACGCGGUUAAUUACUACAAAAAUAACAAAGAAAAUACUGGAGAUUUAGGAACUCUCUGGCGUCAAGCUGCUGACUUCCAUCUCCGUGGUGGGGAAGUAGCAGUCGCUGCUGCGAGUCUCGAAGCGCUUCUAGAGGCUUCACCGAACGACACCAAGACAUUGGCGCAGCUUAUAGUCGCGUAUUCCAAGUUCUCGCCGGGAAAAGCACAGGCACUUUCUAAACAACUGCCUCCACUGGACCAGGUCGCUGGGGUGAUUGAUGUUGAUGCACUAGAGAGUAGUAACUGGGUCAUUGGGACGAAGGUUAUCAAGAGAAAAGUUGAACCUUCGCCAGGGAAACCUGGAACGGAUUCGGCUCAAAAGAUUAAGAAGACCAAGAAAAGAAAGAGGAAGGGAAAAUUACCGAAGAACUAUGACCCCUCGGUAGCGCCUGAUCCGGAGAGAUGGUUGCCUAGACACGAGAGAAGUAGUUUUAGGAAGAAAAGGGACCGCAGGAAUAGGGACACUGCCAUGAAGGGAACUCAGGGAACUGCUGCGGGAGCUAGUGAUCUUUAUGACAUCACCAAGAUGCCGGCCAAUGUGAAACCUUCGCCUAAUCCAAGACAUAGUCCUGCUGUGGAACCUGCUGGGCCUAGACAACAGCAGAGAAAAGUUCAGCAGAAGAAAAAGAAGAAAGGUGGUAAAUGGUAG